CUUCUACUUUACCGAAGGCCCGCUGUCGCCUCGAACCCCGUUCCCUCCCCGUCGUCAUCCAUCGUCCUCCUCCUCCCUCCUCUACUUGACCGGAGUGGAGUGGGGAUCCGUCCGGACCAGGGUGGUUUCUUCUUUCCUUGGUAAGGAAACCUAGCUUGCUUGGAUGGAUUCUUGUUCUAAGAGCUCUGUUCUGGGGUUUGUUCUGGGUAAUCAAAUCCCAAUCUUUAGUCGCGGAUUUGGUUGCUGCGUGCUACCGUUGUGAUCUAAUCCAUCCGGACAUUGUUCUGAUUCGACUUCUAAUUCGAUCUCAGUUGAUCCCCAUAGGAAGUAUUAAGCGUCUUUAAUCCUAAACUAGGACUACCAAUAACAGUUUAUUUUCCGAAAAGAAAAAUAUUGGGGGUUCAGCCGACUGAACCCCCAUGCUCUGAACUGAACUGAAUAUCCAAGAACAGACCGGCUCCAAUGGAUGACGCUGCAGGGAACAUUCUCGCGCUUCUCUGCCGUGUACGCCUUGUUGAUCUCAUGGCCCAUGAGGGCCUCCCUUCUGACAAUUACAGGAUAUCUGUAUCUACUCUGACGCAGUCGCUGGCUCAAUAUUCAGCAGCCAUCAUUCAGCUGCCUUCCGCUGAUGGUGCCUUGUUGAGAUCAGGCUUGGAAUCUGCUCGCCUUUUCUUCCUUCAGCUGGGGUACAAUUUGAGCGAGGUUGACCACUCGGAUGAUGCCCAUGAAUGGUGCAAGACCUCUGGUUAUUAUGCGGAUCCUCAAAUGUGGCUGGAAAAGUAUGAUUACAGGCCUGGUAUUACUGUGACAGAGCCCAAUGGUGCGAUGGAAUUGCCUCCGUCGGGGCUACCUGAUAUAUUUUCAGUGUUCGGGAAAGUUUCUCGAGAUAUUUUGGAUGCAAUCAGCUUCUUGUUGAAUUUACGUAGCUGUGCAUUUACUGAGAUACUCGACAACAUACCGUUGAGAAGCCAGGAGGUAUCAUCUUCCGUUCUCUCAGCAUGUUGUCAUUCAAGGCCGUCCUUUGAAGGAGCACAGCAGCAUAGCAUUGCUUCUCAAGAUGGUGAACAUUUGCUCAUGUUUUCUGAGCAGGACCAAACAAUUGAUAAGACUUUGCUUACCCUUGUUAAGUCGGAUAGGUCAGGCCUGUAUAUCAAAGACUUACACGGACAUUGGAUUCUUGUUGAUGGGGAUCUUGGUCCACAUGAUGUUGUCGUCUAUCCUGGCCUUGCACUUUAUCAGGAAACUGCUGGCUAUGUAAAUCCAGCUGUACACAAGACAGAGGUUGGAGAUUUACAGGGAUGUAUGUCCGGGCGAUGUUCUUUGGUGUUCAAGCUCAUGCCUAGAUCAGUUGGAAGGCUGUGUGGUUCAGAGAUGAGAGCUGCUGGCCAUGGCAUUGAUGCUCAGUUUCAGGUCCCCAUACCGGUUAAUGAUUUCAUGAAGACAGAUCAUUCUGCCAAUCAACUUCUUCCAAAGAACACUGAACCAUCAUCACAUGCAGAACAGGAUUCACCAUCAUUUAAUUCUGUGAUGAAGAAAAAAAAGGGAAAUACAAGAACAAAGCCACUCCCUCCUUCUAAAAGACUUCGCCUAGAGGCACAAAGGGUUCUCAAGGAGCAUGUCCAGGACAUUGCAGACAAGAAAGGCAUCAAGCUGAGAUUUUGCAUUCUCAAAGAAUGUGAAAGCCACAUCCGAUCGUUGGACAGUCCAUGCGAGAACAUCAGAAUUGAAAUUGGAUGGCCACAAGGUUUUCCAUUUGUCCAUCCACAUGACCUCCCGAACAAGGCAAAGCUUGGGUUUAUAGAAGCUUAUGAUGGACUGCCUCCCAGCAAGAAUGGAGAGCUAGCCUCAGUAAAUUUUGAUGUAUUACCAACCUUGAAUAUGUUUUGAAUUGCCAAGGCUGGUCAGCAGUUUCAUCUUAUCUUCAUGUUGACGAAGUAGCAAUGUAUACUGACACCAAAUAACGUGGAUACAUAACUGUAGGUUCAGAAUGUGUAAAUGCACACACCUAUUGUUUAGAUUGAAACGGUGCCUACUAUUUUCUAAAUUCCAAAUUGCAAUAAUUCAUGAUAUUUCUUCUGAAUGAAAUGAAGAGGGGCAUAAGAUUUUGACGAGUUA